AAUACAUAGCUAUUUUACUUUUUGUGGCUUUCUUCGUCGUAUGAUCAUUUUCUGGAAAAGAUAUGUAGUUGUUAGAUCCUUCUUUAUAAUUGUGUAAUCGUUGUAAACGCAAUCAGUCAUUCAAAAGACUGCUGGCAAGCCGCGAUAGAUAUUAAUUUUUUGAACCUGAAAUAGAUUUGCAUGAAAAGAGUAGAAAGCAACGCGCAGUUUCUUUUCUUCUUUUUUUUUCCCAUUUACAGUACAAUAUAAUUAUGGAUUUUGACGACUCAUUUCCCUCUGCACCUGUCCGAUACGCCUAUGACGAUGACGAUAGCGAUGAAGAACUUGAUGUUGCCACUAAAAAAAAGAGUGGACUUUCAUCAUAGGGUUGAAAGGUCCUGGCAGUGUGUAUUUGAACUCUCUUCGAGAUCAAAUGGUAUUCCAAGUAGGCUCUGUGAAGAGUUUUAUUAAGGAGGAUGAGGAAUUGGAAAACAGAUCAGAAAGAAGUGUGAAAGCCAAAAUAUUUCAAAUAGAAAACCAACCUAUUUUACUUGUACCUUUCAACGAAGAGAUAAAAGAUGAAGAAGCCGCGACCUACACAAAGUCGUUAAUACGCGAGUUCCCAGACAACAUAGACCGAAUCCUUCUACUCGAUUCAUUCACAACGACAGGAUAUAUCUCAGAGACAUGGGGAGAAGACUUUACUCCACCAUUAUUGCGUGUUCUACAGACAUCAAUUGCGCCUACCAUCAAAAAGUUGCCUACUUUUGAAAUUCCUAAUAUGGUGAAAGGCUUAUCAGCAUCCAUUCUAAAUUAUUGCGAGAUUUAUAGUAUACCAUGUUACAGCCUUCUAAGUCUCCAAGAAUAUCUUUAUGGAAAAUUGUUGGUUACAAAUGAAACUCUGGAAGCUUAUCAGCAAGGCUUGAGUCAAUUAGGACUCGAAAACCUGCUAUUCGAUGAAAAACUGAUGGAACAGACAUUGGAAACACAAUACAGCGGCCGAGUAGAUGAUAAUCAUCAUCGAUUGUAUAUGUAAAGGAUGUGCAUCAUUUGCAAAUAAUAGACAUUCUCGAACAGAGUCAUUCGUAAAGCUUUCCAAAAACUUUAUUUCAAUAAGACAGAAUAUAACUACAUUAACUACAUAUUGUAAAGUAAUAAAUCAAAGUAUUUCUGUAUUUGUGGUGAAAAU